AUGGGCGCCCGCUCUUCCAGAAAAGUCACCGCAGCCAUCUCCAAGAUCAAAGAAACGCACCCCGAGGCGGACGUUCAGGUUCUCCUAAUGGACCACACAAUUCUCAGCACCGUUGUUUCAGCAGCGAAAAGCUUCUCGGUCCAAGAACCAAAGCUACAUGGGCUGAUUCUAAACGCCGGUAUAGUGGCUGUCCCGUAUGAGAUCACACCCGAUGGUUUUGAAAUUCAGAUGCAGGUUAACUAUAUCGCGCACUGGUUGCUGACAUACCAUCUUCUUCCCAUCCUGUUGUCGACGUCGUUGAAAGAUGGCGAGGGGUCGGCAAGAGUCGUUCCCGUGACGAGCGAAGGCCAUCGACGACCCUGGACCGUAACGAAAAUCCCAUAUGAUGAGACAGAAAUCAAAGGGUUUGGGCGUUGGGGACUGUAUGGAGUAAGUAAGCUUGCGGACAUUCUACUUGCAAAACCUCUGCACGCUUCAUAUGGGCCUGGAUCAUUAAACUCGAUGCAAGGGAUGGGGGAGAUUUGGGCUGCUGCAGCAAAUCCCGGAUUCAUUGAUACGCAGCUGAACGAGAAAAACCGAGAUAGUGUGGGCUGGAAAUUGAAGUGGAUUCAUAGCUUCAUCCGGGCUACCGGGGUGGUGCGGCCUUGCGAUGAGGGGUGUGUUAGUAGCUUAUUUGUGGCUGCUAGUCCGCAGUUUAAGAAGGAGAUGAGUGGGUUGUAUUUCAGCGAGAAGGCCAACAUAACGAAGCCAAGUCCGGCAGCGAUGAGCGAAGAAGAGAGAGUGAAGUUGGAGGCAUGGACGCAAGAGGUGAUGAAGAAAGGUGGGUGGAUUUAG